AUGGAACAACUGCUAGAACGAUAUGAUGAAUUAAAGAAACUUAAUAUUGUGGAAUUAGAACAUGAUAAAUCAAUAACUCAUUUGCUGUACAUUGAUGGAUUCAAGUGGGAUGAUUUAGAUAAAAUUAAAUAAAUUAAUAAAAUAUCACAAUCUAAAAUAGAAAAGAGAAUUUCUCUUGUUUAAGAUGUAAUAAUUACAAUUAUAUAGUUUGGGUUAUUAAGGAAAGAUGUAGAACCAUAUGAAAAUAGCAAUAUGAAUUGUUAGAAUUUAAUCAAAGAUAUUGAUAUGCAUAUAAAUUCCAUUAUGUUUGAAAUAGAUAAAUUAGAAUAAUUAAAAUAGAAAUCAUAAAGAUUCUUACGAAUUCAAAGUUAACCAAACAUAAAACCAAAUACUGCACCAAUUGAUAAUAUGGCUUAAACAGGUGGAUUAUUAUCAAGUACAAGUGAUGGUUAAACAAAAAUGUAUCAAAGUAGUUUUUAGUUUUACCGAGCAUAAAGAGAUUAAUAAAUUUAAUCACAUAAUUAAAAAUGGAUAGAAAAAUAAUAUAAUAUAUAGAAAAAGUUAAUUGAAGAUGAAAAAGAAUUUUAAAAAUUCAGAUAUGAUAUAGAUGUUAAAUAAAAGAAGGCUGAAAUGAAUCUUGAAGAAUUUUAAUAAUGGUAAUCUAGAAUAUUGAAAGAAUAAGAGGAAGAUAAUUCAAAACGACUUUAAUUACAUAAAAUAAGAGUAUCAUAGGAUUAAAUGAAAAGAUAAGUUACUUUAGAAACAAAGAUGUCAAGAAAAGAAUUAUUAUUAUAAAAAUAGAUGUCAUUAUUAAAAGAUUUCCAAUAAUAAUAAAAAUAAUAGAAGGAAGAACAUUUUUAAAAGAUUUUACAUAAGUCUAUGGGAGCCUUAAAUGACAAAGACAAAUUUAAUACAAUAUAAAAAGAAUAAUCAGAAAAGAAAGAAUUAUAAAAUUUGCAUAAGUUAAAAUACAUAGAAGAAUCAAAAGAAUGGACUAAAUAAUAGUUGUAAAGAUAGAGUUAACUAAAAUAAAUAAAGAUUGAAAGAGCAAAUGUAAAAUUCCUUAUUAUUUUAAGUAAAUUCUAGUAAGUUAGGAUAUAUAAAGAAGAGAUAAAUUCGAAAAUAAAGAAAAGAAAAAGUUUGCUUAUAUUGAGAAAUAUAAUAAAGUUUUUGAGGAAUAUUAAAAUAAAAUCAAUAAAGAGAAAGAGGAUAAAAUUCAUUAAUUUUAAAUUGUAUUAAUUAAUUUUAUAGAAUUUAGAAUAAAGCAAUAGUAGAUGCUAGUAAAGAAUAAUUAAUUAAAUAUUAAUUUGAAAGAAAAUCUCAGAGUUAAGUUGAAGCAUAAAGAUUGAGGGAGAGAAGAAUAAGAAUAUUUUAAGAAGAGAAGGCUGGAGAACAUUUAAUGAAAUAAUUAGAGAUUAAUUAAAGAUUAAAUGAAAUCUAAUAAGAUUUAGAGAUGAAGAGAAGAAUGUAAGAAUUAAUAGAAGAAGAAUAAAAGUAAAGAAAGUUAAUGAUUGAGUAAUUAAUUUAAAUUUAUUAUAGAAAUGAUGAAAGAUAGAAUUUAAUAGAAAGAGAAAAAAAUAUCAGAAAAUUAGAAAUUGAAAAAGAGCUAAAAGAUAAAGAAAUGAAUUAGAUAAAGUAUUCUAAAUUUUGA